AUGCCCAACUCCACAAAACGAAUUCAGUAUGCUCAUAUGGCCAAACAGCUCGAAUCUUUGCACAGCAACCUCUUAGAAACUACGCGUCAGCUGGAGAGGAUGUCUGAACAGUGCAACAAAAGUGUCGUCGAUCAAUUGGGUAAAGUGCAUGCUAGUUGGUUUAUUGGUAGUAACAGGUACUUUGAAGAAGAAAUGCUUGGCAAGCAAAAAUAA